AUGAAUAAAUUUUCAUUAGUUUUCUCAGAUUCUUUAUUGGAAGAAAAAUAUCAAGAAAGUUAAAGACCAUAAAUAUUACAUGGCUUUAAGAUAAACACAAUUAUACCGAUUGUUUCUUAUGCAUUUCAGGCAGGAUAUUGGAUGAUAAAAAAUUAGAUCACACUAUCUAUUGUAUAUAUCAUUUUGACCAUUUUAUAUACUUUUUUUUUUUACAAAGUUGUAAUACGAUAAUAGUGGUUUAAAAUAGUUGACAUCAUAGUAUUAUCAUUUAGUUUGUAAGCUUCAAUAAUGUAGUUUAUACCAAUUUGGAUAAGUUUAACUGAAUCUGAUAUUGGUUGGAUUGAAGAUAUUGCUAUUUAAAUGGGUUUACAUAUGAACAUAACCCAAAAUCUUGUACAAAAUGCGAUUUUAUAUUCAAUAUUUAUUGCAACUAGAAUUUAUUUCAGAUCUAUUUUAGAAUUCAAUCCUAUGUGCAUUCUCUUUAUAUUGUUCACAAUACUUACUUGUUAUAAUGAAUAUUAAAGAAUUAAAUGCUCAAGAUAUCAAUUUCUAUGGAAGGAAAAAAAUUUAAAUUAAUAUUUCAUCUUUGAUGAUUUAAUAAAAGAGAGUUUAGUCAUUCUCAAUUAUAAUGAUGUAUGGGAUAAAUUUAAAGUUGUCUAUGCAAACAAAUAAUUUUAUUCUGAGUAUCAUGAAAGUCCAUUAGAUUUCUUUAAAGAGACUCAACUUUCAUUACACAAGAUGUCUACAAUGACAUUUUUACAUUAUAAAAUUUAAGAUCUCAAGAGUUCUUUUUCAAUUAAUGCUUUUUGGAGAAAUAAGAACUAACAUUUAAUUAUUGAGUGUUGGAAGUAUUCAAUUAUGGAUACAUAGAUAAUUUUAAAGAUUACAACAAAAAAGUCUUAUACUGAAAGUAAUAUGUAUCCACUUUUGUACAAAGGCAUUCUAAAGAAAUUAAAGAAAAUAGAUAGAUAACAUUACCAUACAGAAUCACUAAAGAAUCUUCUUGCAGCCUUAUUAGUAAGACCUAAGUAGAUUGUUAAUUUUAAAAUUCAAUGCAUUAAUUAUAAUAAGUUGAGUGCACUUUUAAUGAAUAUUUUAAGAGACAACUCAGCUCUGUUUUCUUUGAAUCUCAAAUCUUAAGCUUUUUACACGAAUAUACCAUUGCUAUACAUUUUAAUGAUCUCUGUAAGUAAGUAUUAUAAGGUAAGCACAUUUUCGAUACAUUAAUUAAAUGAAUCUAUUCUAGAGAUUAUUGUAAAAGGACCUAUAAAAAAAAACACAGAAUAGAAUUAAGAAUUAUUUAAGAAAUUAAUGAAUAUUAUAAUAGAUUUGAUAGGAAUAGAGUAAAUCAAGAUAGAUAACAAUUAAUUCAUGUGUAAAAUAAUGAAUAUGGAAAAUCCUUUCAUUUCAACUAUGAAUUGA